AACAGUCUGUGAUGAUGGUUGGGAUAUGAAAGAUGCUGCAGUGGUGUGUAGAGAGGUGGGGUGUGGUAAACCGGCACGUGCAGUUGGCGUUGCUUUCUUUGGACAAGGAUCAGGACCAGUUUGGAUGGAUGAAGUGCGCUGUAUUGGAUCAGAGCCCACACUGAAGGACUGUAAAUCCACUAGACGGAAAAACAACAACUGUGGUCACGAUGAAGAUGCUGGAGUUAUUUGUUCAGAUCGCAUUCCCAGACUUGUAAAUGGAUCUCACUUGUGUUCUGGAAGAGUCGAGGUGAAGCAUGGAAAGAAGUGGGAGACAGUGUGUGAUCCUACAUUUGAUAAACGAGAUGCAGAGGUUGUGUGUAGAGAGCUGAACUGUGGGGUUCCUGUACAGCUGCUUAGGGGAGCUACUUUUGGUGAAGGAGAGGGGCAGGUGUGGACACAAAAGAUUCAAUGUUACUCACAGGUUGUGCUGGUGAACGGCUCUGAUAUCUGCUCUGGUCGAGUUGAGCGUCAGUAUUUCAGUAAAUGGGGCUCAUCUCCAGAUUCCUCUCUGUCUCUUCAUGAUGGUCGAGUGAGGUUGUCUGGAGAGAGAGAGUGUGAGGGUGAGGUGGAAGUUUACAUUCAUCAGGUUUGGAGGAGAGUUCUGCUGGACUCCUGGAGUCUCACUGAAUCCUCUGUGGUCUGCAGACAGCUGGGCUGUGGCUCUGUGCUGAACUUCACUAACUCCUCUUCAUCCAGUGAUGAACACAGUUAUGAGUGUGUGAUGGGCUUCCAGUGCUCUGGGACUGAAGAUCAUCUGAGGAACUGCAGCUCUCCACAAACUCUCAACUGCAGCGCAACACAACAGCUGUCAAUCACCUGCCUUGGUCAGAGAUCCAUCAGGUUGGUGGGUUCUGGUGGAGAUUGUGCAGGAAGGCUGGAGGUUUUUCACAAAGGCUCAUGGGGUACAGUGUGUGAUGACUCCUGGGAUAUUAAAGAUGCUCAUGUGGUGUGCAGACAGCUGCAGUGUGGAGUGUCUCUCAGUAAUCAGCCAGUACCAGCCUGGUUUGGUCCUGGUUCUGGUCCCAUAUGGCUGGAUGAUGUGAACUGUGAGGGGAAUGAGGCGUCACUGUGGAGCUGCUCUUCACAGGUCUGGGGAGAUCAUGACUGUAAACACAAGGAGGAUGUAGGAGUCGUGUGCUCAGAGUUUAAAGAGCUCAGGUUAACUGAAGGCUGUAAAGGGAAUGUGGAGGUUUUCUAUAAUGGAUCCUGGGGUAAUGUUUGUGUAAAUCAAAUGGACAGAGACACAGCGAGUUUGAUCUGUCAAGAGCUGAACUGUGGAAGAUCUGCCAGUGAACCCAAUUAUUCAGUGGGAGUGGGAGUAAUGGCAGCUCCUAAUUGGUUGGAUUAUCUUAGAUGUCGAAAGCAUGAUAUAACAUUGUGGCAGUGUCCAUCUUUACCUUGGGGUCUGAAUAACUGUUAUCAUAAUGAGGUGGCCAGCAUCAUGUGCUCCGAGAAAGAAAGCAAUGUAUCUCCACGGAGUCAUCUGACCUGUUCUACAUCUCAUCAGAGACCAUGUACAAAUCAUCUUCCUCUCAGACUGAGUGGAGGGAAGGGUUUGUGUUCGGGGAGACUGGAGGUUUAUCAUAACUCUGUGUGGGGUUCAGUCUGUGAUGAUCUGUGGGACAUCAGAGAUGCUCAGGUGGUCUGCAGGCAGCUGGGUUGUGGAGCAGCAUUGAGUGCUGAUGGGAAUGAAACAUUUGGUGCUGGUGAAGGUGUUGUGUGGAUGAACAGAGUCGAGUGCAGAGGGACUGAGAUUCACCUGUGGGACUGUCCUCAUGUCCUGAAAAAACACACUGACUGCUCACACAAAGAACAAGUUAGACUCAUCUGUGCAGGUGAGAGGAAAACACUGAGAGAUCAAUUCAUUAUCAUUUCAGCAGAGAUCAGUGACUCCUCCACAAACUCCUCCUCUCUUCAAUCCUCCAGUGGUUGUGAUUGUACUGGGAGUUUUGCUCUUACUGCUCUUAGUGCCGCUGCUGAUACUGAUUCAACAAAACAGAAAGAUGAGGAGAGCUCUCUCUAA